CGGGUUGAAUACGUGACAGCGGUGCUUCUGAUGCGGAAACUGCCAGCUGCUAGCUACGCUAAGCCUCAUUUAGAAAGCCCUGGUCUUGCGGCACUGCAGUUGAGCGGAAGCCCAGCGUGCAGGCCUUCUCUUUGCCAUCUUGUAGAAUGAGCUGUACAUACUAGGACAAUUCUACCAACGUCAGUAGAAAUCUAGGGCUGGGACCCUUGCUCGGCUCCUGAAGGGAUCAUGUCCGACUACGAGGACGAGGAAUUCGAUAAUUAUGAAGAUGAGGGCUUUGAUGGCGAGGAGGAAGAGGAGGACGAGUACGAUGUGCUGCCUCAGUCUAAGGGCGCAGGGACGCCGCAGGCUACGACGCCAAAGGAGGUAGCUUCUCCGACGAGGGGGCCACAGCGAACCUCCUAUGCUGGCAAUGCCCGGCCGCCGUCGGCUGGGCCAGGCGGGGGCGGGGGCGGCAUCCUCGGCAACCGCGGAGGCCACGCUACCACGGUGGACAUUCCCUCUUUCGCGGGGCUGACGGACGCCCAGAAGCGCUCGGCCAUGAAGAAGCUGGCGGGGGCUCUGAAGCGCAUCAAGCAGGUCAAGCUGCAGGUGGUGGCCAUGGACGACUUCCCGCAGCUGACCUCGCUGUCCAAGUACGAGCUGUACAACAUGGGCCGCUCGCGAUACGCGGGGCUCAAGGUGGCUUCCUCGCAGACACACGCCGACGACAAGGAGGAGGAGUGCCAGACGGAGGAGGAGUCCAAGAUGAUGUCGUUCAUGCGCUGGGCGGGGCCGGUCAUGUUGGCGGCGCUGGGCAUGAACCCCACCGCCAAGAAGCUGGCCAUCAACGCCUGGGGCAACCUGGAGUCCAACAGCCAGGGCCUCAGCCAGGGCAGCGCCAAGCUGGGCCUGGCCAGCGACGGCCUGCUGGCGCAGCGGCCUGUCACGGGGCUGGCCUUCUGCGCCGGGCCCAUCCCGCUGCUGCUGGCGGCGUACGCACCCGUGGGCGCACAGCUGGGCGCGGCGGCGUUGCUGCAGGACCACACGCUGGGCUCCAAGGGCAUCAUGUGCGUGUGGGACCUGAGCUCGGCGGCGCGCGGGCCGCAGCUUCAGGGCGCCACGCCCUCCGCGGUGCUGGUCAGCGAGGGGAGCCCCGCCUGCUGCUGCUGGGCGCCCGCGCCCUCCACCUCGCUCGUGUUCGCAGGCAUGGAGGAGGGCGGCGUGUGCGCGUGGGACCUGGAAGAGCCCGAAAGCCGCCACCCCUCGGAGAAGGUGGGCGACGCCACAGUGUUCACGCGGCGGCCCGCCUACUCCACCGAGUACCUGGCGGACGUGGCCACCACCGCCGCGCCCAUCGUGGGCAUCGCCACCACCCCGCGCACGGAGAGCCGAUCUCGGCCGUGCCAGGUGAUCAGCCUGAACGGCUGGGGCGUCAUCACCGUCUACAGCGCCGUCAUUCUGGCACCCGCGGAGAAGAACGCGGCGGACGCCGACAUUGGGCUGCGCCCCGGCAGCCGCCUCAAGCUGGUGCGCACCACGCAGCUGACCAAGCUGGGCAUGCGCACGCUGCGGCCGCUGGGGCCGGCGCGGCCGGCGCCGGAGAAGGGCACGCCGCCCUCGCUGGACCAACAGGUGCCCACCUACUCGCUGGUGGUGAUGCCGGGAUCGGACAUGCAACUGCUGGCGGGCUCGGACGCGGGCAAGGUGCUUCGCGGCUCGCUGGUGGGCGUGCCGCCCGCGCCCAAGGAGUACAUUCCGGAUGACCACAAGUCGGACAUUGCCAACCGGCCCUCGGCGCCGCCGGUGCCCAGCAUGGUGACCUGCCUGGCAGCGUCGCCGUUCGUGCCGUACGCGUUUGCGAGCGGGCACAGCAACGGCACGGUGGCGGUACACAGCCUGUACGGCGCGGCGGCGGCGGCGGUGUUCCCGGACGUGUCGCGCGGCAAGAUCGUCGCGGUGCGCUGGUCGCCUGUGCGGCCGGCCGUGCUGUUCGCGCUGGACUCGCUGUGCACCAUGUACACCUUUGACCUCAUCGCCUCCAAGAACGCGCCCGUGGGCAUGCACAACUUCAUGAUCCACGAGAAGGGCAAGGCGGUGCCCUCGCUGCCCACCUACUUUGACAUGGGGCUGGUGCAGACCGGCUCCGAGGCCGGCGCCAAGGGCGCGCCCGUCUUUUGCGUGGGCUACGACGACGGCCUGCUGGACGUCAACCUGCUGUCCGUCAAGCAGUGCACCCCGGGCGCGGACGAGCAGAAGCAGGUGGAGGAGCUGCUGGCAGCUGCGGCGGAGGCGGAGAAGAAGGCGGAGGUGAAGGGGGCGGGCGGCAAGAAGGCAGCGGCCGCCGCGCCGGCGCCCACCAAGAAGGCGGCCAAGCCCAAGCCCAAGCCCAAGCCGAAACCAGUGGAGGACGAGGAUGCGGUGCCGGACGAGUAGGCAGGGUACGGGGUGGUGUGGAGGCGUACAGUGGGGCUAGGCGUGGGCGGGUGCGGCGUGCACAAGUGUGCCAUAAAAUGUACUCGCGUGGCAAGUAUGUUGGCGAGGGUGGGCUGCAAUGACAGCAAAACAUUCUUGAGCUGCGAAGAUACUGUUGACGGGUCUGUCCGUGGCAGUCCGCCAGCGAGGGUGCUGUACAUAUGAAGACA